GAAGAAAUUCAAAUUUUUGCUUCCACGCAUGAUCACGAAAUUUGUCAGGAAAAGUAAAAACACAGCGAUACAACUUGCCAAUUGCUUAGAGUUAUCCUCUAUUGUGUGAAUAAUAAACAAGUUCAUUUGUGAGAAAGCCUAAAUUUGAUUAGAUUCGAUCGAAUUAAAAACAUACUGCGGGUGAAGAUGGAGUCCGGGUGGAGGGUGGUCAUCAAGCGCCCAGCGGAACCACAUCGCUGGUCGUAAAUUUGCAACCCAACCACAAACAUUUCGCUCGCUGUUGGAAUACAUUCCAGGGAACAACGUCUACGCACGUCUCCAAACGUGUCUCUCCAUAGCAUGCCCAAUAGUGAUUCGUCCGGUGGUAUAUACUCCCCUCUUCCACAGACGACACUGACCGAUUCAGAAAGUGAAGAAGAGCUACUACGCCGUACUACGAUAACUGUCCGUCGAAUAUCGGAACGCACGUUUAGCGGCAGUACUAGGGGUGGGAGCGGUGGUGGUGUUGUGACAGCGAUCAUGAUGAACGGUAUGAAGGGACGACCGGUGGCGGAGCUUCGGUCUGCUGCAGGAACCGAGAAUGGCGGUGCCGCUCUAUAUAACGGCGGUUAUCCACCGAGCCCUAGCGAUGUGGAGGAUGCAAGUGGCGUAUUCCAUCCGGAUAAUGUGGCCAUUUUGCACGAGGCCGGUACCAUUCCGGAUCGUAAGAUGUCCUUCCCGAGGAAAUGUUGCUUCGUGGCAUCGCUGGUCAUAUGUUUCUUGGCCGUGGUAGUGUUUCUUUGGAUUAUUCCAUGUUCGGAUGAACUGUCUUGUCCAGCGCGUGGUGAACGGGUAAAAACGCAAAACUGGAUACGAAAUUACGAGAAAAUUGAACUGAAAGGUGUGAUAAACGUUGUCGAGGGUGUGCAUGGAAAGAGUAAGAACCUUGUCUUCAUGUACCGAGGCGAUAAGCUGUUUCCAGAGUUUGAUGAGUCGUACAGAAGACGGAACGGGAUCAUUUCCCUGGUCGGUAGCUCCGGAAAGGUCGCUUGGUACGAUCAGAUGAUAAACGAACCGAAGAGCAUCGAUUGCACCUUGCUAGAUGCAGAUCGUAGCGGGGCUCCAGAUUGUCUGAUACUUGACGAGUACGGUCAGUUGGAGUGUACCGAUCCGCUGUCGGGAGAGUGGUUGUGGCACGCGGAAGGAUACAAUAAGAGAAGCAACAGUGGUAAACAGAACGACAUGCUAGACUUCCCACUGCUCAUACCAGACGUCGACGGGGACGGAGUGCACGAUCUACUGUUCGUAACGAGUUCGAGCGAAACCAAACAUAACCGUCUGGUUAUGAUAUCUGGUCGGAAGGGCGUCACAAUCGGUGAUUCGUACGCAGUUAAAGAGUGUCUGUACGUCCACAAGCUUAUGCUGGACGAGGAACUGAACGUAAAGUUUAACUGCGUCAAGGAGAAAUCUGAACAGCAGAAAGCCAAAUCACUACCCGAGCUGUACAAACUCAUUCAUCGAAAGGCACUGGAUAUGCGUGUGGUUCGACGAAUGCCUACGGAUCUGCCCCAGCACAAGUUCUUUGGCCAAAGGCGUAACACCGAGAAACAGCGCACGAUUACAAACGUAGGAGGGAAACAAUUAGUGGUCGAAAAUCGCGGUAAAUGUCCGGAGAAUUGUUCCACCUCUGUGCUACUGACGGAGGAGUCAACCGGUGAAUUACUGUGGAACGUAUCAGGUCGUCAGCUGUACGGUAUGCAACCGGUACGAUUAAGCUUUUCGAACUUCGGUACCGACAAUCGCUCCACCAUGUACGGUUUCGUGAUCAAGUUCUGGGAGUGGAGUCAGCGUGAUCCGGACAAUCGUAGCUCACGAUUCAAGCGUACGAUGUUCCGCAGACGUAAAAACGACAGCAAGCAAAAUUUCAACCCUCAGCAGCCCUGGAUAGGACCGCCCGGACUGGACGCCAUCUCGAGAACAAUUGUUUUAACACGAGGCCAAAAUCAAUCAUCGUCCUCUUCGCGACCAUCCGGUGUGUUUCGCACGCGUAUGCGCUUCCUCAAGGAAACGAUCAAGCUGAUCGUGUUCAACUCGAGCUACAUCAAAAUCGAAAACACCAGCCAAAGCAAUGUGAUCCAGUUCUGCCGCGAGGCGGUCAAUGGCGAUCCGACGGAUGUGCUCUGUCAGCCCGAUUUGAAUUAUCAGGAAAACUCGCUACUAAUCGCCGAUCUGGACGACGAUGGUUCGCAGGAGCUUGUGUCGUAUUAUUCGACCUUCGUCAAAACCACCGUCAGCGAUGCAGACGGGAUGGGAGCAGGUGUGGGCGUUGGACCGGGUGCGACCAUGAAGCUGAAAACCUACGUCCAGCUGUUGCGACUCGAAUCGGAGCUACCGAAAUUAUACUCUCCGCCUGCGGGACAGGAGUCGGAAGGCGUUAAGCAUCGUUAAAGAGGAAGUGACAUCCAUCCAGCGGAAGGCGGAGGCCACAUUCCAAAACAUGUGAUUUUGUGAUCUCAUACCAAAAACCUUGUUCCAAUAGCUUUGUGUUACUUCAAUGUUGUAUGUUUUCCUUUUCUCCUCAUAGACUGUCACUGUACUAGGUAGUAAAUGGAAGCAGAUAUUCAAACAGCUUAAUAAUAGUAAUGAUAGAAUAAGUAAAGGCAAGUCCAACAAACGAUAAUGAUAACAAUUCGAUAUAAUGGAAGGAGAAGCGCCAGAGAGCAUUUGGCCAAUACGGGUGUUGAGGUGGCAAUGGCAAGCCAAACAGGAGAAACAUUGGAACGUAACAUUUUUCCAAACCCAGUUUUCCCGGGCAACUGUGUCCUCUUUAUUGUACGAGUAGUGAUUUUUCAUCUUGCACUGUUUGCACCGAACCGUGUCCUUGUAUACACAUGCACACUACCAGGCGCACGCUUGUAUUUUUAGUACACACUACAUGCAAUCAAAAGAAAUGAAGUACUUAGUUUCAGAGAGGAAAACAAUGAGAGAGAGGCAGAAAAACAUAACAGUUGAAUAUGAA